AUGUUGCCGGUUUUGCUUAUCCUGGUUACGUUCUUCACUGUCACCACCAGUAUCUGCCCGGCCAAGCCGAAUUUCGUGCACCCAGCCACGGCCGUACAGAAUGCCACCCAAAACGGCCUUUGCCCGGCCGACAUGGUAUGCAUCAACCACAACAACGUUGAUCAAUGCUUUGCGUGCAAAGACACGAACUCUACCUGCAAAGUGAUGAAGGAGUCGGGGUACUGCGUGCAGGAGACCGUCGAUUUUGAUGCGAACUCGGUAUCUACAUCAGUAGCCAUCGAUGGCCAAUGCCCUCCGAACUUCAUCCUCGGCGCCUUCAAUUUGUGCCUACAGGCACGAUAUUUU